UUGUUGUUGUUCAUUUCUGGUGGGGUGGUUUUGGAUCCAACUGGGUCUUCAGCGUUUUGUGCUGUUUUUUUAGUUUCCCGAAGAAUCCUUAUGGGGAACAUUUAUCUGGUACAUUUGACGGUGGUGGUGGUGGUUUUCCUGGGGGUGUUUUUACCUUGUUUGUGUCAAGGGGAUUCAGACGAUGAUACCACUGCUGUGUAUGUUGUUACCCUUAGACAUGCUCCUGUUUCUCAUUACUAUGGUGAGUUGAGAAGAGAAGUUAGUAGCUUCAAAGAUGCUGCUCCUGCUCCAGGGAGAACCCAAUUUAACAAACCAAGAAGGUAUGACAAUAUUACUAAGACAGAUAAGAGAUAUGGCUCUUACAUUUCCCAAGUUCAUGAUUCUCUGUUGAAGAAAGUGUUAAACGGAGAGAAAUAUCUGAAGCUCUAUAGCUACCAUUACCUGAUAAAUGGAUUCGCUGUGCUGGUUACCCAGAAACAGGUAUGAUAUUAGUUUUAAUCAUCGCGAUUA